UCUCAGAGGCGAACAACCCUCGGGCUACCAGCUACAGAGGCGGGGCGGGGUCCGAGUUGGAGCCAGAGUUCCCCAGGAAGGGUCUGAGCUGUACGUGUUAACAUGCAGAAUUGCGUUGAAAUGUCACAACCAUCUUUUGAUGGCAGUGUUCUCAGCACUUCUCUUUUCCGGAUGGGGAAAGUGAGGCCCAGAGUGGCUAAGUGACUUGCUAGAGUUGACACAUGACACAGGGUGCUCUAGGACUCACUCCGUCUAUCUGCCUCGUUAUUUCAGGAAGGCCAGUUUCAGGAGCAUGCCUCUGUGCCAGCUGGGGGCCUCCAGGGGCAGCAAGCCUGAUGGGAACCGAGCUCAGCCUAUGGCUACUACUGUAGGAGGCCUAAAGGUGCUUUUGCACUGGGCUGGCCCUGGUGGUGGGGAGCCCUGGAUCAUCUUCACUGAGGGCUCUCUGACUGCUGAGGAGAUCUGCAUCCAUAUAGCACACAAAGUUGGCAUCACUCCUCCCUGUGUCAAUCUCUUUGCCCUCUUCGAUUCCCAGGCCCAAGUCUGGCUGCCCCCAAACCAUAUUAUAGAGAUCUCCAGAGACACAAGCCUAAUGCUAUAUUUCCGCAUGAGAUUUUAUUUCCGGAAUUGGCAUGGAAUGAAUCCUCAGGAGCCAGCUGUGUACCGCUGUGGACCCCCAAGCACUGAGGCUUCCUCAGAACAGACAGAGAAUGGGGUGCAACUCCUGGACCCAGCCUCAUUUGAGUACCUCUUUGAGCAGGGCAAGUAUGAGUUUGUGAAUGACGUGGUAUCACUGUGGGAGCUGUCAAAUGAAGAGGAGAUCCACCACUUUAAGAAUGAGAGCCUAGGCAUGGCCUUUCUACACCUCUGCCAACUUGCUCUUCACCAUGGUAUUUCCCUGGAGGAAGUGGCCAAGAAGAUCAGCUUCAAGGACUGCAUCCCAUGCUCCUUCCGGAGGCAGAUCAGGCAGCACAACAUGCUGACGCGCCUGCGCCUGCGGAAUGUCUUCCGAAAGUUCAUUAAGGCCUUCCAGCCAGGCGUCCUCUCCCAGCAGGUGGUCAUGGUCAAAUACCUGGCCACACUCGAGCAUCUGGCACCCCGCUUUGGCACGGAGUGCAUGCCUGCUUGCCAUCUGAGGUUGCUGGCCCAGGCUGAAGUUGAACCUUACUACAACCUGGAUAGCAAGCAGGCCCCUGUGGACCCUAGCCCUGAGUUUGCUGCUGGGCCCUUCACCCACGAGGUGCUGGUUACAGGCACUGGUGGUAUCCAGUGGCGACCUAUACAGACAGAGGACUCUAGUGGUAGCAGUGGCAGCCAAGGCAGGAAUCCCCAUGCCACCCGAUCUGGGAAGAAAGCCAAGGUACACGAGGUGGGCAAGCUGCCAGCGGAUGGACAGCAGGAGCCACAGUGGGCAUACUUCUGCGACUUCCGGGACAUAACCCACAUGGUACUGAAAGAGUGCCAUGUCAGCAUCCAUCGGCAGGACAACAAGUGUCUGGACCUGAGUCUGCCUUCCCGGGCAGCAGCCCUGUCCUUCGCGUCGCUGGUGGAUGGGUAUUUCCGCCUAACAGCUGACUCCAGCCACUACUUGUGUCACGAGGUGGCCCCUCCACGGCUAGUGAUGAGCAUUCAGGAUGGUAUCCACGGCCCUCUGCUGGAGCCAUUUGUGCAAGCCAAGCUGCGACCUGAGGAUGGCCUCUACCUCAUUCACUGGAGCAUCAGCCAUCUCUACCGCCUCAUUCUCACAGUGGCUGAGCGUGGCCAGGCCUCUGACAACACACAGAGCCUGCGCCUCCGGAAGUUCCCCAUUGAGCAGCAGGCUGGGGCCUUUGUGUUGGAGGGCUGGGGCUGCCCUUUCACCACUGUGCAGGAGCUGCGGGCCACCUUGCAGGGCUGUGUGUUGCGCGCCGGGGAUGACUGCUUCUCCCUGCGCCGCUGCUGCCUGCCACAGCCAGGAGAAAUCUCCAAUCUCAUCGUUAUGCGGGGGCCUCAAGCCAGCAGCAGGUCACUCAACGUCAGCCAGCUCAGCUUCCACCGGGUUGGCCAGGACGAAAUCACCCAGCUGUCCCACUUGGGCCAGGGCACAAGGACCAAUGUGUAUGAAGGCCUACUGCGAGUGGAGGGUGGGGACCCUGAGGAGGGCAAAGUGGAUGGCAGAGACCCCCCAAUGCCCUGUGGGCAGAAACUACGAGUGGUGCUCAAAGUAUUGGACCCAAGUCACCACGACAUUGCCCUGGCCUUCUACGAGACGGCCAGCCUCAUGAGCCAGGUAUCCCACGUGCACCUGGCUUUUGUGCAUGGCGUCUGUGUGCGCGGCUCUGAGAAGAUGGGGGUCUCACUAUCUGCCCAGGCUGGUCUGGAAUUCCUGGCCUCAAGUGAUUCUCCUACCUUACCUUCCCAGAGUGCUGAGAUCACAGACAUCAUGGUGACCGAGUAUGUGGAACAUGGGCCCAUAGAUGUGUGGCUGCGGCGAGAGAAGGGCCGUGUGCCUGUGGCCUGGAAGAUGGUGGUUGCCCAGCAGCUGGCCAGCGCCCUCAGCUACUUGGAGGACAAGAACUUGGUUCAUGGUAAUGUGUGUGGCCGGAACAUCCUGCUGGCACGGCUGGGGCUGGUGGAAGGCACCAGCCCCUUCAUUAAGCUGAGUGACCCAGGUGUGGGCCUGGGUGCCCUCUCCAGGGAGGAGCGGGUGGAGCGGAUCCCCUGGAUGGCUCCCGAGUGCCUCCCUGACAGGACCAGCAGCCUGAGCACUGCCACUGACAAGUGGGGCUUUGGUGCCACCCUCCUGGAGAUAUGCUUUGAUGGGGAAGCCCCCCUCCAGGGCCGCGGCCCCUCUGAGAAAGAGCGUUUCUACCAGAAGCAACACCGGCUGCCUGAGCCCUCAUGCCCAGAGCUGGCCACACUUACCAGCCAGUGCCUAACCUAUGACCCAGCCCAGAGGCCAUCAUUCCGCACCAUCCUACGUGACCUAACUCGGCUGCAGCCACAAAAUCUCACAGACAUCUUGACUGUGAAUCCAGACUUUCCCGCGUCAGACCCCACAGUGUUCCACAAGCGCUACUUGAAAAAGAUCCGGGAUCUGGGUGAGGGUCAUUUUGGCAAGGUCAGCUUGUACUGCUACGACCCUAUCAACGAUGGCACUGGCGAAAUGGUGGCUGUGAAAGCCCUCAAGGCAGACUGCAGCCCCCAGCUGCGCUCGGGGUGGAGGCGGGAGAUAGACAUCCUCCGCACACUCUACCAUGAGCACAUCAUCAAAUACAAGGGCUGCUGUGAAGACCAAGGUGAGAAGUCGGUGCAGCUUGUCAUGGAAUAUGUGCCCCUGGGCAGCCUCCGAGACUAUCUGCCCCGGCACAGCAUUGGGCUGGCCCAGCUGCUGCUCUUCGCCCAGCAGAUCUGUGAGGGCAUGGCCUACCUGCACGCUCAGCACUAUAUCCACCGAGACUUAGCUGCGCGCAACGUACUGCUGGACAACGACAGGCUGGUCAAGAUCGGGGACUUUGGCCUGGCCAAGGCUAUACCUGAAGGCCACGAAUACUACUGCGUGCGCGAGGAUGGAGACAGCCCCGUGUUCUGGUAUGCCCCAGAGUGCCUGAAGGAGUGUAAAUUCUACUAUGCUUCCGAUGUCUGGUCCUUCGGGGUCACCCUGUAUGAGCUGCUAACUCACUGUGACUCCAGCCAAAGUCCACCCUCGAAAUUUAUUGAGCUCAUAGGCCUCACCCAAGGCCAGAUGACGGUGCUGAGACUCACAGAGCUGCUGGAACGAGGGGACAGGCUGCCACAGCCUGACAAAUGUCCCCCUGAGAUCUAUCUUCUCAUGAAGAACUGCUGGGAGACAGAAGCCUCCUUCCGACCAACGUUCCAGAACCUCAUACCCAUCCUUAAGACCGUCCAGGAUAAAUACCGAGGCCAGGCCCCGUCAGUGUUCAGCGUGUGCUGAGACUCAGUGGUGGCACAACUUGGGGGAAAUGGACCAGGCAAUACUCACAAAGUGGGCCCAAGAGGGAAAAUCAGUCUCACUUAUCCCUUGUGCCUUAUUCCUGUCUGGAGAUCCCACCUCUGUGAACUGACUUUCCUUCCAUGGCCAGGAACCUAACCAUGAUCCUGAGGGAUUCAGGACAAGCAGGGAGAGAAUCAGGCCCUGAGUCCCCCAGUUCCCAUAUUUGAGACCCUCCAUCUUCAUUAGCUGGUAAUAAACUCCAGUUUCCUCUACUGGA